CGUUGGUGGGUUUAGAACGGCGGCGUUUCCAACUGGCCAUUGGUUUCAUUUUCCGUUACCAAAUAUAAAACAGAGGAAAGCGCUUGGGAAAAUAUGAAAGGCUUAGAAAUGGUGGUGACGUAUUUCUCUUCAACUCCGCCUAUCUUCUUCUUCUCCUUUGGAGCUAAUUCUCAGCUUUCAUCUUCCAAUCUCCAUGGACGCAUCACGAUCCCUUUGGCUUCCUCUUCCUCUUCUCUACUAAACGGACUAAGAAGACAUCAAGAUGCCAGAGGUGGAGCAGUUCGUGUCCUAGCAAAUCCAAAUGGAUCAUCAUCUCCUCCUCCAGGGAAAGUAAAGGCCAAAAAAGAAGUAAUCAUGGUAGACCCUCUUGAGGCUAAGCGGCUAGCUGGUAAGCAAAUGGAAGAGAUCAAAGGCAGAGAGAGGCAACAGCGAAGGCGUGAAAUAGAGGCUAUAAACGGAGCCUGGGCAAUCAUAGGCCUCCUGAUAGGGCUUGUGAUCGAAGCUCAAACAGGAAAGGGUAUUCUGGCUCAGUUGUCUGGCUAUUGGUCUUCGGCUCUGCAUCUAUUCCCUUCAUCAACACAGAAUCUCCCACCACAGUAAACAAAAAACCUUAGACUAUGUUUUGUUGAGUUUCAUUUUGGUUUAUUGCACUCUCUACUGUGAUGAAAAUUGAUGUUGUUUAUGUUAAGUUAUUAACAGUGUCUUCUCCUUGGCAAGCGCAUUCAGCAAGACAUAAACAGUUCAGCUUUAUAUUAAUAUAAGAUACAAGGGAUAAAUUAACUGUACAUGAUUUAUUUACAAAGUUGUGUUUAAUA